ACAGGGCAUACCAAAGUUUGGGGCAAUGGAGAGAACGGUGGCCAUAAUUGGGGCUGGUGUCAGUGGCUUAAUAGCCUGUAAGUAUAUCCUCUCCAAGGGUUUCCACCCCAUCGUUUUUGAGGCUCAAAGCAGCAUUGGAGGGGUGUGGUCCAAAACAAUUGAGUCUACAAAACUCCAAACUCCGAAAGAGUUAUACCAGUUCUCCGAUUUUCCGUGGCCAUCUUCGGUCACAGAUGACUUCCCUAACCAACAUCAAGUCUUUGAUUAUAUCCAAGCUUACGCACGCCAUUUUGAUCUGCUUAAGCACAUCAAAUUCAACAAUAAAGUAGUUGGAAUUGAGUAUCAUGGCUC